AUUGUGUCCAAAAACACAAUAACCCCCUGUAUCUUACACCUCUUACAAGGAUAAAAAUGAAGGCAGCGGUUAUGUCAUAGUUGAGUUGUUUGAAAGCUUGCUCCAUAGAAUUUGGCAUGAAUUUCCAAGUUUACAAUUUUCGACUUUCAUAUAAGACAAAACUACAACGGUGCUAAGUGAGAAUUCUCCUCGUACCUAACUUUGAAAGAAUUUCUUGAGUCUGUAUUUUUGACUCUCAGCUAUAUACCCUUUUCCUCACGUACACGGGCUUUCCUCAUCUUCUAAUCCUUUCCUACAUCACCUAGGUACAACUGCAAACUCCACAAGCCAGAAUGCCGCCAAAGGAGAGUACACCCAUUGGUGGUAAAAAGGGAGCCCCAACUCCUGAUGCUACCCCUGACAGAGAUGAAGACAACGAGCAAGUAGAGCAAGAAGAGGAAGCUCAAGACGAGGAACAAAACGAGGAUGGGGAAGAAGAACAAGAUGGAGAAGGAGAGGAAGAACAAGAAGGUACGGAGCAGAAGGCACAGGCAUCAGUAGAAGACGACAAUGAAGCUGGUAGUGAUGAAGGAGCAGAGACUGGUGCCGAAGCCACUGCUGACGAGAAUGAAGGCGGCGAAGAAGCUCAAGACGAAGAACCUGAAAAGGAAGUAGAAGAGAGCGAGGAUACUGCCGUUCACAACGAACCCGAACCUGAACCUGAGCCAGAAAAGAAAAAGAAGAAGCAUCGCCGUCGUAAGGUCAAGGAGCCUGAGCCAGAAGAGGAGGAGGAAGAAGAGGAGGAAGCCCCUGCACGCAAACCCCGUCGUAAGAGGAGAGAUCGUCCUCAAUUCCUUGAACAAGAUGGCGGAAACGAUUAUAAACAACAAAUGCAAAUGAUGCAACAACAACACGAACAGCAAAUGCAAAUGAUGCAAAUGCAACAGCAACAACAAGGUGGCGGUGCUGCGAAAGAUCAAGGAAAGCAACCUUUGAAGUUGAGAUUAGACGUCAAUCUCGAGAUUGAGAUUGAGUUGAAAGCCAAGAUUCAUGGUGAUUUGACAUUGGCAUUAUUGUCUUAAACGCGAAAAUUAUCCAUUCUAACAUCUACCGUGUUGCUUAGUUCUGGAUAGAGUUGAGAGCAAGUUUGCUAGAGGCAACUGGAUUUACCAUGCUUUUUCGUACAUUUCUUUGGUGUUACUGUAUCUAUUCAUGAUGCGGGCUGCGGUGCUUUGGGUGUGGUGGGGUUCGGGAUAUUUGGAUGAUAAUGAAUGGCAUUGUACUUUUAGAUUUAAUGAUCAAAAAUCUUGGAUAUGGAAAUUUAUGAGAUACCUG